AUGUUUAUUGCGCGGUCAGAAUAUGAUCGCGGCAUCAACACCUUCUCCCCCGAAGGCCGCCUCUUCCAAGUCGAAUACUCCCUCGAAGCCAUCAAGCUCGGCAGCACCGCCAUCGGCGUCUCCACCAGCUCCGGCGUCGUCCUCGGCGUCGAGAAACGCAUCACCUCCUCCCUCCUCGAGACCUCGUCCGUCGAGAAGAUCGUCGAGAUCGACCGCCACAUCGGCUGCGCCAUGAGCGGACUGCAGGCCGACGCGCGGAGCAUGAUCGAGCACGCGCGCGUCACGAGCCAGAGUCACGAGUUCCAUUAUAAUGAGCGGUUGGGGGUGGAGAGCUGUACGCAGGCGAUCUGUGACUUGGCGUUGAGGUUUGGGGAGGGUGCGGAGGGGGAGGAGAGUAUUAUGAGCAGGCCUUUUGGGGUGGCGUUGUUGAUUGCUGGGUUUGAUGAGGAGGGGCCGUCGCUGUACCACGCGGAGCCAUCAGGGACAUUCUACCGAUACGAUGCAAAGGCGAUUGGGUCGGGAUCUGAGGGCGCACAGGCGGAGCUACAGAAUGAGUUCCACAAGUCGUUAACGCUGGACGAGGCGGAGGUGAUGGUGUUGAAGACGCUGAAGCAGGUCAUGGAGGAGAAGCUGGAUUCGAAAAACGUGCAGCUGGCGAGCGUGACCAAGGAGAAGGGGUUCAGGAUAUACGGGGAUGAGGAGAUGGAGGGUGUGGUGGGAAGACUAGAGGGUAACUGA